AUGACCAACUCGAAGGGUCUGAGGCGCGGAACGCGCUACAUGUUCGCUCGCGAAUUCCGUAAACACGGUGUUGAACAUUUGUCUACAUACUACCGCAGCUACAAACGCGGAGAUAUCGUUGAUAUUAAGGCUAAUGGUGCUUGUCAAAAGGGUAUGCCUUUCAAGGCGUACCACGGUAAAACCGGCCGCGUUUUCAACGUUACCAAACGCGGAGUGGGCGUUGUUGUCAACAAACAAGUCAGGUUUGCUUCUCAAUAAAAAAAAUUAAAAAUCGAGACUGGUUUCUUUUUUACAUAAUCGAUUUCCAGUAAAAUAGGAAAACGGAAAUUCGCUAUUUGAGAAUAAAUUUCUAUUAGGUUUUUUAUUACCAAACACAAGUUGUUCAAGACGGCUGGUCGUUUUACGGCAGCUUGGAACGAUUUUUCUGAAUAAAAUGUAAUUCUUGUUGCCUUGAGUUUAACGUUUUUGCGACACGGUAUACAUUUUUGAAUAUUAUAUAACCUAGGAUUUGUCGAACGGGCUUAUUGUUUCAAGUUUAUGCCGCUUUUAAAGUUAAUUUAAGCUCUUGGCGAAACAUUUUUUUUCUCAUUCAAAAGCACGAGCCGAAUCGCACGGAAACGCGAUAAUUCACAAAGUGUUAAUGGUUGGAUCUCUCCAUUUGGCAAGAAAAAUAAAAUUUGAGAGUAAAUUUAUAUUGGGAAUUUGCAAAAAAGGCCGUCCUAAUCGUCCAAUCAUGGUUUGAGAAUCCGCUGCUGCGUCUCGGCUCGAGCCAGAAAAAUUGUUCAGAUGCGCGCUUCGAAUAAUAUUUGAAAACGCGGAAUAUUAAAAAUCUUUAGGAAAAAAAUAAAAUUUAUCAGAACAUGUAUACGACAGUCACAACACAGGUGUUGUGACUGUUGUGUACAUGUUACUAUUUUCAAAAUAAAAGUUAUCAGAACAUGUAUACUAUUUUUUUACAUGCUGUUGAAUAAAACUUUUCAGAGGCAAAAUUCUUCCUAAGCGCAUCUGCAUUCGCGUCGAUCACAUCAAGCCUUCCACGUGCAGGAUCGAUUUUCUGAACCGCGUGAAGAUCAACGACGAGAAGAGAAAGGACGCUAAGGCAGCGGGUCAGCCUGUUCCACAACUGAAAAGGUUGCCUGUUCCUCCUCGAGCAGCUCAUGUUGUCAGUACGAAAGAUAACGAAAUAGAAGUUCUCGCUCCUCUUCGAUUUGAAAUUGUGGCUUAA